GUAGUGGGCUGAGAGGCUGAGCAGGUGUGGCAGGUGAUAACUGUGACAAUGCCAUGGCUUUUAAUGUUUCUUUUAGUCAUUUCUGACUAUCAGUGUCAACAAAAUUCUGCAAAAAGACCAAACAAAGAAUUUAUUUCCUCCGCCGACUAAGAUCUUCUGAGGUAAGUAGACAAAUUCUUGUGUUGUUUUUGUGUACUGUAGGACGCUGUGAUUCUGAGCAUCCUACAGUAAUGUAACACCACAUGGUGCAUGUGUUGAUUUGAAGUCUAAACUUCACCAGAUGAAACCUAUUCAAAGGGUGUAGGUCAGCCCGUUCAGAGACUCUAUGAAUCAACGUACAAUGAAAACAAAUUAAGACCGGCUCAAAACGUUGUCGUUCAAACAGUGAUUAAAAACCAUUGAGAUGCAGUGUCCCACGUUUUAAUAAGGUCAGACUGAAGCACUCUUUUGUACACUAGUCAACUCUAAUAUUGAAUAUGGAGCUUAAUCCAAGAUCAGAAGUAUGUUGAAAGCCUCUAAAUAUGUUGUUUGAUGUUUGAAAUGUUGUUUCUUAUUGAUGUAUCUUUAUAGCUUGUCUUCUGUGCUUUAAAUGGAGCUGCUGUGAUGCUGGACAAAUUUCAGUCUCUCAAUUAAAUUGUGUAGGUUGGACUCUGAUGUCUUCAACACUUGGAUUCAAAGGCUAUAUCAGCAGAAACAACUUGGUCAAAGCAUCAAAAUACAAAAUAAUACAAUAUUUAGACAUUAUGCAUCAAUAGUAGGAUCUUUCACCCUUGCAUCUCUAUUGAUUCUUUCCAGAAAGUACCAGUGGUGAAAGAGUUAACCUUGGGGAUUACAUCAUCACUUCUCCCUGCCCUUUCUCAUCUCUUUCAACCCUCCCUCUCCAGCGAACCAUCUCAUCUCCCCUUUCCUCUCUCCCUCUCCAUCCUUUCUCAUCUCCUCUCCCCUCCCUCCCCAGCCUUAAGUCUCCUCCCUCUCCAUCCCUCCUCCCAUCCUGUCCAUGUGCCCAGCCCCUUCAUUAACUCUAGUAUGAAAGGGAAGCUUUUUGCUGGCAGCCACACUACCAGAGCCUCAAAGGAGCCUCACUCACACAAAAAAGUCCCCACAGACUCCGGCCUGGACAGAGAGAUACAGUUGGAAGCCAAAUUAUAAUUAGUGUACCUCUGAGUGAGGCCUCAGCCUGCCAAAUCUCUCUAUUUUCUAUCACUGACAUGGAGCUUUUCAGUGUGCAUAAAACCUUUCAGCAGAGUCACAUGGGCGAGGAGAAGCACCAGAUGCUAAACUUGAACCGACGCUUGGAGACCUACCUGAGCCGGGUCAAACACCUGGAGGAAGAAAAUGCAUUGCUUGCAAACGAAAUCCAAGCUCUGCGACGCAGCAGUCAUGGAGCUUUGACCAGAAGGAAGGGCCUGGAGGAAGAGCUGCACCGUGGGAGACUGGAAGUGGAUGCAGCCUGGAGGGACAGGGUCUACACAGAGGUUGAAGUGGGCAAGAUGGUUGAGGAGCUCCAUGCACUGGAUCUGCAGAGGCAGAGGGAGGCUCAAGCCCAGGUGGAGGCCAAGGUGAGGUUGGAGAAAAGCAGGAAGGAGCUCCAGGAGGAACAUAGGGCACAAGUCUGGCUAAGGGAGAAGGUCAGUCAGCUUGAGAAUGAGCUGAUGCACAUGAUUCAAACCCAUGAGGACGAUGUGGCCCACUUAGAGGCCAAACUGAGCCUCUCUAGAUCCACAGUGCCACCCACAUCGGCUCAAAGAAGAAACCAGAACCCAAACCUCCUUGAGCUGGGACAUGAGUUCUCCCAGAGAGCCACCAUGGCAUGGCAGGAGGCAGCAGAAGCCUAUCAGGGGCAGCUGGCUCAGCUGGAGGAGUCCCUGAACCACGCCAGGGGCCGUUUGACUCAGGUUAAUCAGGAGAAGAGCGAGAGCCAGCUGAAGCUCCGAGGGCUGGAGAAAGAGAUCGCCUCGGCUCAGGACAUCAGAGUGCAUCUGGAGAAGACGGCAGUCCAACAGGGGGAAAGUUACAGCCAGGAACUCCAAGAGCUCCAGGAGCAUUUGGAAGGCCUGGAGGCGGAGAAAGAAGAGCUGGGCCAGCACAUCGAGGGAAUCAUCCUGGAGAACCGAGGCCUGCUGCAGGCAAAGAUGUCACUGGGGAUGGAGGUAGCAACGUACAGAACUUUGCUGGAUGCUGAGAGUUUCAGUGGAAAUAUCUCUCGAGGAAACACUUUCAUCACAGAUGCAGUUUUCAAUCCUCAUGGGGUUAAAAAGAAUUACAAGACACAGCUGCCCGUUAGCCACAAAACCACUUCCCUCUCAUCUGUCCGUGGCAGAACCGGAACAGGGCAGACAGUCAGAACCACAACCCCAAUCUGGAGUAGAAAACCUGUCACCCUCACUGAAACACCGAAGACUUACACGAAAUCUGCAUACAAAGAUAAUGUAAAAUCUGCAACAUCUGAGACCCCUUAUCCCAGAAUACUGCAAGAUGGAGCUGUGGAGAAUUUCAGACCACAGGAAGUUCAGGAGAAAGUCACUUACGCUGAACCUCUGUCACCUCCGAAUGAGCUGGAGGCUUUCAUUGAUACACCAGAUCUUAAAGAAGGUGAAGAGCGUCGUAGCAAUAACACUGAGGAAAGACCAUUUGCUGAGUCAGUGAUCCAACAUCAGGUUGAGUCUAGCCUCAGUAGAGAGCCACCUUCAAAAGACGAAGUUGGUCCGCAUCAGUUCGACACACCAAACCUUACACCGUACCAUGUCCGAAUGAAAGAGGAGUCCUCUGGUUUCUCAGAUGAACCUGAUGAAGAAGUGGACGCUGACGAACAAGACGUGAAAGAGCCGUGUUCUCCAGUUGCAGCUUGGGAAGAAAAAAAGGACACUGACAAAGAAUUAGAGCAUCUGCAAGAGGAAACUUCUGAUUCUGAAACCGAGGCGGUGCUUGAACGUACCUUUGAAUCCAGAACAGGCAGUCCAGUGUCUGAAUGUGAGCCUGAUGAAGAUGGGGAUGAAAGCAUCCUGCAGGAGGAUGCAGCAGAGAUGAGGCAUGACAUAAGUUGCUCUACAGAAGUACAUAAUGCAAUGAGUGUUGAGGAUAAGUUGUACCCUGAUGGAGAAGAAAUGGAUACAUGGGAUAGUGUGAUAGAAAGGAAAGUUGAACUGAAAGAUGACAGCAUAAAAACGAAUGAAGAGAACUUAAAGCAUGCCGAGCCAGAGGAGGACAUAUCAGCAAGAGAACAAGAGAGUGUGAAGAGAGAAACUGCAGUGGAUGUCCAGCAACAUGACAGUGCUUCUUCAAUGAUAGACACAGAAGUAGAUGACGAUGGAGAGAAAUUCGCAACAGACCUCGAGCAUGCAUUGCUUUUUGACAAAGAAGACGAAGAGGAGGAUUCUCAGAAUGUCUCCGUAUCAUGGAAGACCGAGGUGGAGAGUGACAGCUAUGCUCAGGACAACACCCUCGCUGAUACCCGUCCUCUGAUCCGGUACAAGAGUGACGAGACCGACGCCAAUACUCACGCCUCACACAUGGACGAGAGCGAGUCCAGCGAAGGCGAGCAGGAGAAGAAGGUAGGAGAGACAGGAACUGGAACCGGAACGUGGGAAGAAGGGAAGUCAAAGAGAUUUGGCACCAUGGAAGAUCUGUGUGAGGAAGGGGAAGUAGAAGCAUUGGAUGAGGAUUAUGACCUGGGGUAUACCCAUGAGGAGGGCCGAGUUGUUGGACAUGAUAUGCCUGUAAGUGAAGAAGCCAGAGAGAUUGCAGAAGAGAUUCUCAGGAACGUCAGCGAGGCGCAUUGGGAUGUAGGAACAGAGGAACUCACCAAACCCAUGACAUCCUCAAAUGUGAGCUACGAUGAGGAGUUAGAGAUAGACCGACUCGUGGAACAGGAACUGGAAAACCUGGCCACAGACAGCUACAGUGCUCACUUUGCACAGCAGCAGAUCAGCAAGAGUGAGUCUGUCGAGGAACUGACUUGGCUAGGAGGAACUGGGGAUAAUAAAACAGAGGACAUGCCUUCCUCUGCAGAGACUGAGAUCACAUCUUUCGAUUCAAUGACAGCUCAAUCUUUCAAGGACCAACGUUUCAGUGAUUCGUCUCUGGUGGGGCUUCAAAAAGAAACAGAGGAGACAGUUCAACAUAAAGAUCAGGGGGAAGAAUAUAACACUUCCUCUGUGACUCCUACUCAUCAAACAGAAGAUCAAACUGACUCCAGUGAAUUCCAAGGUAUGCCUCAUCUGGAGGACAUUUCCAAGGACCCCGAAUAUGUGUCACUGGGAGAGGCAGAUCAGAAAAACCUGCAGGAUGUUGCAGAGGAGGUUGCAUCUGUGGAGGCAUCUCAAGGACUUCCAAUCAAGGAGGUUUCAGACUAUCCAGAGGUCCCUGAAACAACUGAAUGGGAUGUCCUAAAGAAUCCGUUUGAUGUAAGAUAUCAGAAUGAAGGUCAAGAGAAGUGGGGAAGUAUGACUGAGUCAGCUGAAAGUUUUCAUCACACUGAUGAAGACUCUGAUCAGGGAGGUAAGGCAGAUCAAGAGGAGCCUGUUGAGAUGUCCCCUGAAAGUGUAACAGAUGAUAAGGACAUCUUCAGGGUAAAGGACUCCACAGAACUAUCAAACACAAACGGCAAAGACAAAGGCGUCCAUGGCUUCUUCAGCUCGGGUGUACAGAGUGACUUCUGGAUGUCCUCCUUGGAGACCGGUGCAACCUAUCAACCAGAGGAUUCCCGUAAUGAAGCAGCUGAGCAAACCAAUAAGAAUCAAGGAUAUGCUGACAGCCCGGUUUGGGGGGAUUUGGACAGCCCGAAUGCGGUUAGGAAAAACUCAAAGGUGGACAUUGAUUCGCGUGAAGCCCUGGGCUCUGAAGCAGAACAGAAGAAGAUCUAUCCGGAGAUGAAACAGGCGCUGUGUAGAAACGUGGAGGGGGAGUUUGUCCAUUCUGAGGAGUCUGACGUUGAAGGAGAAUCCUGGUCAUCAGGGGAGGAAGUGGAAUAUAAGUAAUGAGAUGUUUGUUAAAGUAGCUUUAGUUCUAAUCAAUGUUAGUCACAGGAAUAAUAAACUUAGGGUAUACUCCACUUUAUAUGAAAACCAAAGUCGUGCCUUGGUGCACCCUUCUGUGAUGCUAACCACCGAUGUGCCAAGUCCGUAUGGAGAUUCCUAGUGCUUGUCUCAUUUCCUUUAAUAUUUGGCUGACUGUUUUAUCUUCUGUUUUUAUUGCUCAAAACUCUUCAGUCUUUCAGGGUGCAUGUGUUUGAAGAAGGAUUGGCAUGUCUGCAUGAGGGAACAGCAUGAAGAUGGAACAAAGAAUGUCAUUUGAAAGUCAAAGGAUUCAUUGAUUGCUGCUUAAUCUGAUUUCACUGACUGAUGGAAAUCAAUGUGAACAAGGGGGAGUAGGAUUGCUUUUGUUGAGCUGCAAUUUCACAGAGUAUCAAACUGACAGCUAGUGUUUCUGCUGUGGAGUUAUUUCAUUUCAUCGGACAACAGUUUAAUUGUCUCUCUCUGUUGUGCACGUGUAGAAUUAAGAGUUGUUAAAGGUGUUGGAGAAGCAACUCUUGUAUGUGUUUGAUUUCAUGUUAAACUCCCUUUAUUUCCAUCUAUAAAGAUUUCACUGCGGUACGUUUACUGUCUAAAAUAAAAAGUAGAUUCAUCAUAUGG